GAGCCAGGGAGACCAUGGGCACCGCCGUCUCCAAGCGCCGCUCGUUCCGCAACGAGGCCGUGGCAUCGGUGGCGGCCAAAGUCAGAGCGGCGAGGGCUUUUGGCGAUUAUCUGUCUCAAAACCAUCCAGAAGGCAAGAAUGGUGCAGAUCACCUGUUGGCAGAGUCAUACGUCGGUCAAGAAGACUCCCCAGAGAUCCACGUGGGUGUUCAGAACAAGCGACGUCUGUCUGUCAUUUCUGACAGGAAGUUCCAGCCCACCUUCCCCGAGGAAGCUGGGGAGAAGCUGGCUGGCGAGGGCCCCAAACCCCGAGUCUAUACCAUCUCCAGCGAGAGGCCCAUGCUCUCGCAGCACCAGAGCGAGAGCAUGGAGCUGGUAGUCCUGAAAGGGACGGAAGAAGAAGAGAUGGACGGGGAACGGUCCUUAGGUCAGCCUCUCCACAAUGCCGGGAGUUCUCACAACAUCAACCGGCAAUGCAAGGACAGUUGGCCAAGUCACCAGCAAGGCUCGAAAGAGUCUCCCAGUUGCGCCCAGCUCGCGCAACAACACCCACAACACCAACAACACCAUCAGAACGAGGCUGGUGAGACCGGUUGGCGCCGGAAGAAGCUGGAACGAAUGUAUAGCAUCGACCGUGUUUCCGAUGAGGUUCCUAUCAGGACCUGGCUACCCAAAGAGAAUCUUUUCACUUUCCAAACGGCGACUACCACUAUGCAAGCCAUUUCGGCGUUCAGGGGCUACGCCGAGAGGAAACGUCGCAAACGGGAGAACGAUUCGGCCACUUUGAUUCAGAGAAACUUCCGGAAACACCUCCGUAUGGUUGGGAGCCGCCGCAUGAAGGCGCAAAGCCAUGAAUUUCAGGAUUCCUGCUGUGCCAUUGACAAAGGGUUUGACUUGAACUGGGAGAUGGAGAAAGAACUGGAAGCGGCCGCCUGCUGUGGGGAGGACUUCGUUCCCCCCAAAAUCAUGCUCAUUUCCUCCAAAGUGCCCAAAGCGGAGUAUGUUCCAACAAUUAUCCGUCGCGAUGACCCAUCGAUCAUCCCCAUUCUCUACGAUCAUGAACACGCCACCUUUGAUGACAUUCUGGAGGAAAUCGAAAAAAAACUGAACAUUUAUCGGAAGGGCUGCAAAAUUUGGAAAAUGAUGAUUUUUUGCCAGGGAGGUCCGGGCCACUUAUACCUCUUGAAGAAUAAGGUCGCCACCUUUGCCAAAGUGGAGAAGGAGGAAGACAUGAUCUACUUCUGGAAGCGGUUGAGCCAUCUGAUGAGCAAGCUGAACCCGGUUCCAAAUGUCAUCCACAUCAUGGGAUGUUACGUCUUAGGGAACCACAAUGGUGAGAAGCUAUUCCAAAACCUGAAGAAUCUUAUGAGCCCUUGUUCCGUGACCUUUGAAUCUCCUCUUGAACUUUCAGCUCAAGGAAAGGAAAUGAUUGAGACUUAUUUUGACUUCCGUCUCUACCGAGUCUGGAAAACCCGCCAGCAUUCCAAGCUGCUCGAUUACGAUGACAUUUUAUGAGCGCCGCCAGGACGGGGCCAGGAGGAAUUUCCACGGGUAUCCCGAGCAGGCGGGCGUCGCAGAGCGGGAGAUCUUUUUCACGGUUGCCAGGAGGCCCAGAGAGGCGCCGUGAGAGGCCAUUAGGGCCUUCAAGAGGUCCGCCGGCAUCUUGAGGCACACGAUGGAUGGAGCACCACGGA